AUGCCAUCAGCCUUCUCAAACUGGGCGAGCUGCCUAUGCUGCUUCUCCCAGCGAAGAAAACUUCAGACUGUACACGGCGUGUCGCCAUGGACGCCUCCAGAUCUUGAAGCUAAAGUACCAAGCGCUUCAUCCCGAUCUGUCGACUCUACGGACCAGGGAAAAUCCGACACAUCGUCCUUGUCGCUCGUCGAAGAACAGGCAGACGAGAAGAUCGCGAAACUACUAGCAACACCAGAUCCGAUACCAAAUGCGGUUGAAAAGGCAGGUCUUGAGAGAUCCUUGAUCCAACAGAAUCCGGCAAACUCAGCAUUGCUGGUAACGGCAAAAGGCCAGUACACCUUGACCGACAAUUUCGACUUUCCAGCGCUUCAAAACCCGCGAGAAGUCAUUAUACAGUCCGUUGCCGUAGGGCUGAACCCUAUCGACUGGAAGUCCGUCGACUAUGGCUUCUGCCUCCCUUCUUUCCCGUGGAUCACCGGGCGAGAAAUGGCAGGCGUGGUGCAUCAAGUCGGCUCAGAGGUAGUGGGAGUCAAAGUCGGAGACCUUGUCUGGACAAGCACAUACUACCGCGACCGCCGCGCCGGCUGCUUCCAGCACUUUGUCACUGUGCCCGAACACACUGUGCUCCCCUUGCCCCCGAAUCUGAGCAUGGAGCAAGCUGCCACGCUAGGCGUUGCAGGCCUCACCGCCGCCAUGACGCUGUGGCACUGGCUACAAGUUCCGAUCCCUGCAUCCUUAUCCUCAUCCACCAUCGCCUCCACCACGCCACCCCAAGGGAGCGACUACCUCCUCCUGUGGGGCGGCGCCACAACAACAGGGCAGUACCUAACCCAACUCGCCACGCUAGCCCACAUGAAAACCAUCGUCGUCGCCUCCGCCAAGACCGAAACCCUCUGCCGUUCCCGCGGCGCCGCACACGUCGUCGUCCGCGACGGCAAGUCCGACGCCGAGCUCGUCGCCGAGAUCCGCCACGCCUCGUCCAACGGGCGCAUCACCCGCGUCGUCGACCUCGUGGGGCCCAAGACCGCGGCUCUGUGUCUACAAGCCGUCGCCGUCUCUAGCUCUGCGUCUGCAGGCGUGGAGCAUGAGCAGGAGCAUGCCGAAGUGCUGUUCGCGCCGCUCGCGAUGAUGGACGCCACGGACGCGGCGCAGGCGCCCGCUGCAAACGUGAGGAUCUUGACGGUGGAAAUGAAGCAGUUUGUUUUGAAGCAGGAAUGUGCGGUCUAUGCACGGAAGUUGAACGAGCUGGUGGGCCGCGGGGUGCUGAAGCCGCCGGAAGUAGAGGUUUUGGAGGGGGGUUUGGAGCUCGUGGAGGAGGGCUUGAGGAGGGUCAAGAUGGGGGAGAGGGGUGGGAGGAAGCUGGUCGUUAGGUUAUAG